UUAAAUCCAAUGGCAGCUAAAUCAUGUGCCCAUUUAUUGGAAGAGGCUGUUUUUGUGGAGGGAGGCAAGUCUUUACUUGUUCUUGGUGGAGAGAUAGAUUCAAGACUCUCAUCGCUGGAUACACACUAUGAAAAGACAUCAUCAACAAAAGGAAACAUCCCCCAGUCCUCUUUACCUUACACUGAUACAAGAUACCAAAAUGUAGAAUUAUGCUUGAUUGACAAUGAUAAUGCUAAGAAAUCAGUGUUGGGAACCAAAACUAUGAACGUUUUGAUUACUUCAUCUAUACGCCUGGAAAGCAAUCAGCCAGUAGUUGUCGGUGCCUCUAGUUCAAAUGGAUUCAUACCAAGUAGAAGUACAAGGAUCUUUAUUGAGAAAUGCAAACUUCAAGAAAUUGAAAUGACGACAAAAGCAAAUACGCGACUUGAUGGAAUUAGAUCUUCUCACCAAUAUUUGCUUUAUCCAUUCGAUGAACAUGCUUAGUUACGCCAACUAAGAUCCAAGUUUGAUCGAUUGUCCACCUACCUGUGUUAUCGAUUUUCGUCUAAAUUUACUAAUGAUGUUCGAACAAGACCUUGAACAAUAUGGACAAUCGCAGAUCGCUCCCGCAAUCAAGACAGAGAUUCCAGUGUUGCGGCCGCGUCAAAGCUUUUCAAGCACAUCGCAACUCAAGUGUGGGAAAAUGGAGCUGAAGCAAGCUUGAGUUUGAAUUAGUGUUCGGAAUGAAGAUCGAAACUCUCGAGCGAGCUUCGAUCGUGUUCCAGUCGAAGCUCGCUCGGAUGCA